UUAUUAUUUGCUUCAUUUUUUUUCACACACUUAAUUAUCUUAUUUGCUUCAUUUUUUCAUACGCUUAAUUUAGUAAUGGAACCUAAAUCAAGUUCGAAAUCCGUCGUAGAAAUUGUUAUAGAACAACCAAAGUUAGCAAAUAAUGAUCUAAUUAUUACUGCUACAAAUAAUAAGAGUAGAGAAAGAGUUAGCAUAUUUGAGCAUUUUGUAAAAGUGAUAUUAGUGAGAUUUCAUGCGGGUUAUUUUAGAGUAAGCUUCUCGUUGUGUGCUCAAGCAUUGCUAUGGAAAACCCUUGUCCAAUUUAUCAAAGACAACCACCAUUUAUAUUAUCAUCAUCAUUUAGUUGACAUGCUACCAUCGAUAGCUUGUACACUUUUAUGGUCGGUUGCUCUAGGCAUGUUAAUUUCACUCUCUUUUCUUUACGCAUUAAGGUGUUUUUAUCACUUUGACAAAGUAAAGAGAGAGUUUUUACACCAUGUUGGUGUAAACUACUUGUUUGCACCUUCAAUGUCAUGUCUUUUAUUGCUCCAAACAUCACCUUUCACCCUACCAAGACGUGAUAGUAUUUAUAUGCAACUACUUUGGUGGGUAUUUGUGGUUCCAAUAAUAAUGUUAGAUAUUAAAAUAUAUGGACAAUGGUUAACAAAGGGAAAAAGGCUAUUAUCAAGAGUAGCAAACCCUACUUGUCAAUUAUCAAUAAUAGCUAAUUUGAUUGCAGCUAAGGAUGCUAUUGAUAUGGGAUGGUUGGAGAUUGCUUUGUGUUUGUUCUCAUUGGCUAUGAUUCAUUAUUUGGUUUUAUUCAUUACGCUUUAUCAGAGACUUCCAGGGAGUAAUGGAGUUUCGAUGAUGCUAAGGCCGGUUUUCUUCUUGUUUAUCGCGACUCCAAGCAUGGCAAGCUUAGCUUGGGGUUCUAUUAAUGGAAGUUUUGAUGAUGCUUCCAAGAUGCUAUUCUUUCUCUCCGUCUUUCUCUUCAUGUCCUUGGUAAGUAGACCAACAUUAUUCGAGAAGUCAAUGAGAAAGUUCAACAUAGCAUGGUGGGCGUACUCAUUUCCUAUGACAAUACUAGCACUAGCAUCAAUUGAGUAUGCACAACAAGUGAAGAAUGGUGUAGCACAUACACUUGCACUAGUGAUCUCGAGUCUUUCUAUUUUGGUCACAUUUGCCUUAAUGGUCCUUACUACUUUUAACAUCAACAAAUUGUUCUUUCGCGAUCAACCAACUACCAUCACUACUUAAUAGCUAUGGAUCUACUUGUUUUUUUCUCUCUAUUCAUUUUUCAAACUAUCUUCGAAAUACGCAAACGCUAGCUUGGAUUAGUUAGUAAGGGAUUACUGAUACAUUUCUUAAUUAACAGUAGUUAUCUUCUUAAAGAGUGAAAUCAUUCACUAUUAAUUGGUUAUGAUUCCGAAACGUGAAAUACUGGAAGUUUGCAAUAUCAUUUAUAUAAGUGUGCCAUCAAAUGUCUGACAUUUUAAUUUUAAUUUUUUCUCAUGUCACAAAUAUCAUCUAACAAAUUCUUAUUGCAAUAUCUCUGUC